ACGGAUGUGUGGCGGAAAGAUCUAGUUGAGAGUAUCCUAAGCGCGGAAAUAUCCAAAGUUAAUUUUUAAAGGCGUGAUCUUUGGAUAUAACUAUCAUAUCAUGGCAGUCGAGGCGCGCACUGUGCUCUGGUACAUGACAUUCAUAGGAUUCAUUGUCAACUAUAUGCUGCGCAUCAAUUUGAAUAUCACCAUUGUCGAUAUGAUCGCCGGCGUCAAUGGGCGAACGACCUUAGCACCGCCCACUAAUGCCACCAUCAAUGCGCUGGGCACUAACAAAUCGGACUUCCUGGCCUCUGUCGCACCUGCCGUAGCCACGGCGAACAGCACCGAUCGAGUCGAGCGAUAUUCGUGGGAGCGUCAGUUUCUAGAUUGGGCAAAAAUCGACUACGAGCGAGAUGGAUUCCAUUGGAAUGAAAAAGAGCAGAGCAAUUUGUUGGGCUCCUUCUUUUGGGUGCAUUGGUUGUUGCAGCUGCCCGGCGGAAUUCUGGCCCGUAAAUAUGGCACAAAGCUCGUCUUUGGACUGGCCAAUGGCGUUGGGGUAUUUUGCUGCUUUCUAAUUCCGAUAUUCUCCUAUUGGAGCUAUUCCGCUCUGCUCUGGCUGCGAGUAUUUCAGGGACUCGUUACUGGUUUGGCUUGGCCCUCGAUGCAUGUGAUGACUGCCAAAUGGAUUCCGCCCAACGAGCGCAGUAAAUUCGUUAGCGCCUAUUUGGGCAGCUCUGUGGGCGUGGCAAUGUUCUAUCCCAUAUUCGGUUAUGUCAUCGCCUGGACAUCCUGGGAGUGGGUAUACUAUAUCUGCGGUAUAUUCGGGAUGUUGUGGUUCGUUGCCUGGCAAUUCCUGGUCUUUGACAGCCCUGCCGAGCAUCCACGCAUAGCGCAAUCGGAGCGGCGUUAUAUUGAGAAGUCGCUGGGGGCGUCGGUGCACAGUAGUUCACCAGGUCCAACGCCAUGGCGACAGAUAGCUACCUCGAGGCCCGUCUGGAUGAAUGUGGUGGCUCAGUGGGGUGGCAUCUGGGGUCUGUUCACGCUGAUGACACAUGGACCAACGUAUUUCCGCCUGAUCCAUCACUGGGACAUACGUGCAACGGGCUUCCUCUCGGGCAUGCCACAUCUGAUGCGCAUGAUUUUCGCUUACUGCUUUUCCAUGUUUGCCGAUUACCUGCUACGCACGGAUCGUCUGAGCCGCACCAAUGUUCGCAAGCUGGCGACGGGAGUUUGCUGUGGCGUAAAGGGCUUGGUGGUGCUGGCUCUGGCCUACUUUGGCUAUAAUGCAACAGCGGCCAUUGUACUGGUGGCCGUGGCCACAAUGUUCCAUGGCGCCGUCUCCUCUGGCCCACUUGCCUCGAUGGUGGAUCUGUCGCCCAAUUAUGCUGGCAUUGUGCUCGGAGUGAGCGGCAUGAUCGGCGGCAUGCCCGGCUUUAUAUCGCCCUACAUAGUGGGCAUCCUAACCCAGGGCAAUCAAACGAUUGAGGCCUGGAAGAAUGUGUUCAUGCUGACUGCCGCCAUGCUCAUUGGCAGCGGCGUCAUCUACGUUUUCUUUUCCGAGUCCACGCUGCAGCCCUGGAACAGUGGCCGUCACGCUCUGCCCGAGGCGGGACUCAAGGAACUGCAAACGUUCGAGGAGAAGCUGCCCUUGCAGAGCGUUGCAACGGAAGAGGCCAGUGCAGCGACGCAGCCAGUCAAGAGCAACAACUGAUAAUCAGCUGGUGUGGGUGGCAUUUUAAUUGCCAUAAGUCCAUUUUAGUUACAGCCCUCGGGCAAAGGCCUUUGCCUUUGCAAAGUGUUAUCAGAUUCUAUUUGCAAGAUUGUAAUUAAAUCUAAACUAACUAUAAAUGAUAUUUUUAUGCAUACAUAUACAUAUGUAUUUAUGUAUUUUUGUAUGAAUAUACAUACAUACGUACAUUCGUAUGCCUGCACACGAGUAUUCUAUAAAACUUUGUGUGGCUGAUCUUCGUCAAUAAAAUGUGGAAGCUGAAUGUAAAUAAACACAACA